GCGCGUCCUGCCGCCGCAGCCCGGAGCCGGGUCCCGGCCGCCGCCGCCAUGGUGUCCCCGGUCACUGUGGUGAAGAGUGAGGGACCCAAGCUGGUACCGUUCUUCAAGGCCACCUGCGUGUAUUUUGUGCUCUGGCUGCCCUCAUCCAGCCCAUCCUGGGUCAGCGCCCUCAUCAAGUGCCUGCCCAUCUUCUGCCUCUGGCUCUUUCUUCUGGCCCAUGGCCUCGGAUUCCUGCAGGCCCACCCCAGCGCCACCCGCAUCUUUGUGGGGCUCGUCUUCUCCGCUGUGGGCGAUGCCUUCCUCAUUUGGCAGGAUCAGGGCUACUUUGAGCACGGCCUGCUGAUGUUUGCUGUGACCCACAUGCUCUACGCCUCGGCCUUCGGCAUGAGGCCACUGGCCCUGCGGACAGGACUGGUGAUGGCUGUGCUGUCGGGCCUGUGCUAUGCCCUCCUCUACCCAGGCCUUUCAGGCGCCUUCACCUACUUGGUGGGGGUCUACGUGGCUAUUAUCAGCUUCAUGGGCUGGCGGGCUGUGGCCGGGCUGCGGCUGGUUGGGGCAGCCUGGCGCUGGACUGAGCUGGCAGCCGGCAGUGGUGCCUUGCUCUUUAUCGUGUCCGACAUGACCAUCGCUCUCAACAAAUUCUGCUUCCCUGUGCCCUACUCCCGGGCCCUCAUCAUGUCCACCUACUAUGCCGCCCAGAUGCUCAUCGCCUUGUCUGCUGUUGAGAGCCGGGAGCCGGUGGAAGCCUAUGGACUGAGCAAGACCAACUAAGGGAUGG